GCCACAGGUGAAAGCAAUUACUUCACAGUGAUGAGAUACAACUACUGCGUCUGUCAAGCAGCAGCAGAGCUCUACACCCAGACUCCUGCUUUUUUAAGUUUGUUUUUUUGAAGUCAAGAGAACCGCAGACAUGUCAGACAGAUAUUUUGAAACUCUGAAGAACAGCCGUCAUGAAGAACAGCUCCCCAGCACUUCUCUGGCAGAUUCAAAAGAAGAUCCUAAGGAACCACAGCACAACAUGGAGGCAGGUACCAGAGAUGAAGACAACAAUGGCCAGAAGAGGACGUUUGAUUCCACCACUCCCAAAGCAAAAACAGAAGCCAUGUUGAAAGGCAUGGCAGGGUAUCAACUGACACCAGAUGAGUUGGACUUUGUUAAAAAGAGGAAAGAAGUGAAAUUUUAUAAGAAGCUGCAGUUGCCAUCCGCCGAAAAGCUCACUGAGUUGUCACAGGUGGUUCUCAAAAAGACAACGCCAUCGACCAAGUUACCAGACCGAGAUACCAAGUCUCUCCUCGCCAUGGUAAUGAAGGAAAACAUCCGGGGAGCCAUUGACGAGAUGAACAUUGAACUGACUCGGAUGCAGAAGAUGAGCGCAAACAGCACGACGAAAGAGCAUAAAGAGAGAGGGCAGCUUGAAAAACACAUUGUCACUAAACAGCUGAAGAUACAGGCUUUUAUGAACCAGUUAUCUGAACUGAAGUCUGAACUUGCACAACAACUGGAGGCAUAUAGAGCUCUUCAGAUGCAGCUCAAGACCCAAGAAGAAAUCAGAGUGGAAGCAGAAGAUACGUCUGAGAGUCUGCAAUCAGCCAAAAGCCAAGAGAAACUUCAAGUAAAGAAAAAGAAAAAGGUUACAUUUGUGGAAAAUUUUCUAGACAGUAAAUCAACAAGGAAUAAACACACGGACAGUAAAACAGACAGUGAGGCCAGUGUGAAAGAUGAUGACGCAAAUAAGAACACAACUGAAACUCUGAAGACAUCAAGAACUAAGAUUUCUAAUCAGAAGUCUGAAGCUCCGACAGAGAAACUGACAAACUCCGUUAAAGCAGCCAGAGGGACAGUGAAGAAAGUCAAGGAGGAAGACUCUCAUUCACAGGAGCCUUUGCAAGCAGUGAAAGGGAUAAGGAAACCUCUUGGAACUGCACAGAUCACAGAUUCACAACUGAAAAAUCAAACUAAAGCGAAAACUGGGGAAGCUGGGUCCACGUCACAGCAGGCCACUGUCUCACGCAGCAGAAGGAAAGCUGCUGCGGCUCCGGGUGAUGCUAGAGAUGAGGCACAAAACAUCAGUCUGAGAAGAUCCACUAGGCUAGCGAGCAGGAAGUGAAGAUGGCUUUGCUGAAAUACACCAGGAAUGGCCGUAGGGAUGGCAGCGAUGGUCGGUCCACCACUUUGCUCCAGACUUAAAGCUCAACUGGUUUAGAGG